CACGGCGAAUCCAACACCGCUUUGUUAUUAAUGAAGUUGUAUGCGAUAUUUUUUUAACCUGGUACUUUUAUUUUUGAAAGUCGUACUUCGGUUGUCACAUAUUGUUAAUAUUUUAAUGUACACUAUUCGUAACGAAGUUGAGUCCGUGGCCUGAAGAAAACGACAUGUCUACAAAGAAACUGGCGAAACAAUUGGGGUUCGUGAGGAAACGCAGUCAGUCAUCAACUGGACAGAAGAAACCACUAACAUCUAAUCAAAUAUUCCCAUAUCUGAUUGUCAUCGACUUCGAAUCCACAUGCUGGAGAGAGAGGAACAGCUAUGGGCAGGAGAUUAUUGAGUUUCCUGCUGUUCUCCUGAACACCUCUACAGGCCAGGUGGAGUCAGAGUUCCAUACGUACGUUCAGCCGCAGGAGCACCCCGUACUGUCUGACUUCUGCACCGAGCUCACUGGAAUCACACAGCAACAGGUGGAGGCUGGGGUUCCCCUCCACAUCUGUCUGUCUCGGUUCUCCCGGUGGCUGCAGACUCUGGAGCACCAGAGCGGUGUGGUCUUCCCCAGGGACCAGAGGGCUCCAGUCGCAGAGCAGCGCCCCUGUGCCUUCGUCACCUGGUCAGACUGGGACCUGGGGGUGUGUCUGCUGUAUGAGUGUAAACGGAAGCAGCUCCACAAACCUGCUGUUCUGAACAGCUGGAUAGACCUGAGAGCUACGUACAGACUGUUCUACAACAGAAAACCCAAGGGACUGAAUGGAGCUUUACAGGAUCUAGGGAUACAGUUCUCUGGCCGGGAGCACUCAGGUCUGGACGACGCCCGUAACACUGCCCACCUGGCCUGGAAGAUGAUGAGGGAUGGCUCUGUGAUGAAGAUUACACGCAGUCUGGAGAGGGCACCUUUGAAGACCAAACCCCUGUUUGGAAAUGGGAAUGUGCCAGGGGAUGGUUGUCCUGGCAACAAGAGGGAUAACAAAACCACUAUCAAAAACCCCUCCAAGACGACAGAGAGCGGCGGCCAUCUUGAAAAUCGACCCAACAGCAAGCCAGUUAGCAACACGGACGUUGUUGAGACACGACCCAAGCCUUCAGACAACAUGGUUCCCAACACAGAGGUGAACUCCAACUUAACUGCUGAACCUGUUCAGUAUCAGAGUAUUGUCUCACCAAAGACCCUUCUCAAUGGUCUGACCACUCCAAUGUGUGGUGGUGGUAGCAGAGCAGGUAGAAUAGAACCAAAGACCCUUCUCAAUGGUGUGACCACUCCAAUGUGUGGUGGUGGUGGUAGCAGAACAGGUAGAAUAGGAGCCAUACGGUCCGUUUCCUCUCCUAUGACUUUCAAUAUCCCCUCUCCUCAUCACUACAACAACAGCCUCGUUCUGGUCUCCACCACUGUGAAUUGCAUUACCCAUCUAGCCCAGCCAGACCCGACACAUGACCCGGAAACAGGAAGUAUGGAGGAGGACGUGCCUAUCUCGUGCGGUUCGUAUGACGACGUCGUAUUGGAGGAGGACUGGGAUGUCACGGUUGGUGACGAGGCUUCUGUUGCUGAUGUGUACACAGAGAACCAGAGGUUUGAGGUGGAUGAUAACUCUGUUUAUGGGAGGACCUUGCUGUGUCCAAGCCCAGUACAUUCAAAUCCUGGUAGAGGUCCAACCAACAGUAGGCCUAGAUCCAAUACCACCAACACGCCCUGCCAACAUCUGACGAGCCUGGUACACAAGACCGAUACUAGAACAUCCUCCAGUAACUUGGUGUCUUUGAAGGCUGGGACAACAAGGACCUACAACACCUCUGCACCCAACAGUCUGUCCACUUCCUCUUUUGUCACACCCAGACCCGUUACCCCUGGCUCAAACCUCUCAGAUACACGGUCAAUACUGAACAUGGAAACGUCAAACUCCUUUGUGAUCGAGAAGAACAACAAGAACGAAUCGAGAACAUCCUCCAGUUCUGCAAAAGCUGUGACAACGAGGAUAUACAACACCUCUGGGUCAAACAGUUCAUGCAGUUUCUCCUUCGACAAACCCAGACUUGUUACCCAUGAUUCCAACCGCUCAGCUACACGGUCAAGACCGCAAACGGCAACCUCGAACAACUCCUUUGUGAUCUACAAGGACAAGCCAAGAGCCUCAAAUACCUCUUCCACAUCCAAUACCUCAACAGCAUCCAAUCAUUCCUUUGUCAAACCCAGACCAGGCCUCCAGAACUCCAACCUCCAUGCUACACGGUCAAGACCUCUCGCAACAAAAACCCUGGUAACUCCUUCGCACCCAUGUCCUCUACUACAAACCUUCCCGAUCCUUCCGUCACUAGACCCAAACCAGUGACCACCAGCAGUGACUCUAACCUCUCUGCUUCAAAGACACCAAACGGCUCUGCAUCCAGUCUUUCCUUUGCCAGGCCCGGCCCUGUCGUCCAUAACCCCGACCCUGUCGUCCAUAACCCCGACCCUGUCGUCCAUAACCCCGUCCAUAACCCUGUCGUCCAUAACCCCGACCCAUCCACUUCACGUUCAAGGCUGCACGCAGAGACGCCAAACACAUCUUUCACGAUCCACAAGUACUCCUCUUGCCUCUCCUCUGUCGCUCGUCCUUCUGUCGGUGGAUCGUUCUCCGUCCUCUCCUCGUCCGUUAACCGCUCCUCGCUCCCGCCGACCCGCAGCACCAAGAUCACGGCCCGCUGUGCGACUGCGGGCGGCGAGCCAAGCGUCUAACGGUGUGUAACGGCGGCCCGAACCAAGGCCGAGCAUUCUACUGCUGUACGGUGCGUAAACACGGCCCCGGGGGGACCAGGAAGGGAUGUGAGUUAUUUAAGUGGGAGUCUGCUCUCCUCCAGGCUAUAUCACCAGCCUCCGCUGCCAACUCCAUCGCUCUGCAUUUUGGUCUCAACUCCAGUGUUCGUCCCCCUGUCGUCGUCUAGGACGAGAUAUCAGUUAGCUUGAGGUCAUAGGGAGACUCUCAACAGCAUUUCCUUCUCAUCCAAUGGGUUUGGAGAGGACAUAAGGAAUCAAGGAAAUGCAAUUGAGAUUCUCCUCACAAAGGUGUCAUAUUUUAAACUGUACUCUAUGUAUGAUGCGUUGUUGUAUUUUUUUUGUAUAUGAUUUAUGUCCGCAUACUAAAUCUGGUGCAUUCAUUCACCAAUAUCCUGUACAGUUUCUAAAUAGAAUCUUAUCUUCCAUAAUGUGAGAUGACAUGAUGUCAUAAUGAAAUGUAAAAUACCUUUUUUUUAGGUCGGCACUGUCACAAUAAAAGAUGCCAUGAACUGUAUUUACAUGGGUUCUAAUUGUUGUGAAAUGUAACAGUUGAGGCCGGAACUAAAAAUGGACAUUUUAUAAAAAUGUUUUGUGUUCUGACAUAAGGACGGAAUUGCAAAUUGUCCCUCUUGUCGCCCUGUACUAGAGCCGCCAAUAUUUUACAUGCGCAACAAUAGUGAAAAUCGGCAGUUCGUCUUCAAAAUGAACUGUGAAUUAUGAGUGAGAAAGUUAGUGGGUCAAAGAUCUAACCCCCCCCAAGACAUGCUAAUAUCUCCUGUUAUUGUAAUGGUGAGAGGUUAGCAUGUCUUGGGGGUAUGAUAUAUGAUGCUAACCUCCCCUGUUAUUGUAAUGGUGAGAGGUUAGCAUGUCUUCGGGUUAUGAUAUAUGUAAUGCUAACCUCCCCUGUUAUUGUAAUGGUGAGAGGUUAGCAUGUCUUCGGGUUAUGAUAUUAAAUGCUAAUCUCUCCUGUUAUUGUAAUG